UUUCGGCGAACAGAGAGCACGUGUUUGCUCGCCGGUCACGUUCAGCUCAUUUUAUCGUAUAAAACUUUGCGUCAGACUUGUGUCUGUCCAAGCUUGGUGGCCAAGGAUCAAAAGUUUUUGAUCGUCGUAUAGACAGGUUACCAUGAAUCCUGAAAAGUUGAAGAAGCUUCAAGCUCAAGUACGAAUCGGCGGUAAGGGAACACCCCGACGCAAGAAGAAGGUUGUACAUGCUACUGCUGCUACAGAUGAUAAGAAAUUACAAAGUUGUUUAAAGAAAUUGUCUGUGAAUACAAUUCCUGGUAUAGAGGAGGUUAAUAUGAUUAAGGAUGAUGGUACUGUCAUCCACUUUAAUAAUCCAAAAGCUCAGGCUAGUCUGUCUGCUAACACAUUUGCCAUUACUGGUCAUGGUGAGAAUAAACAAAUAACUGACAUGUUACCGGGAAUUAUAAGUCAACUGGGACCUGAAGGUGUUACACAGUUGAAACGAUUAGCAAGUACAGUUUCUGGCAGUACUGUUGGUAAAGCAACAUUGGAAGAGGAUGAUGAGGUGCCUGACUUAGUGGAAAAUUUUGAUGAAGCUAGUAAAGAGGAGGUUGCUCCAAAAAAGGAAGUGGAUGAAAGCGAUAAAGCAGCGGGUGAUAAAAAAGAAGCUGUUACAAUUGAGGAAAAGAAAGAAGCCCCCUUAGCUACGCCUGAGGCUUAAAGUGUUCAGUUACAAGCUAUUUGGUACAAUUAAUUAUUGUACUUGACAAGUUGAGUAAUACAAGUUGCAAAAGCAAUGCGUAAACGAAGUAUCACUAUACAUACGUUAUAAAUAUUUGACAUACCCUAUGAUAAUACUAUAUGAGUAACAGUUAUCAAGAAAUAAAGAAAGCUGUUACAGAAAUCAAAAGUUUCUACGGACAAUGUUAUUUACUUAGUUGCAUUUGCUGAAAGAUAGACUUUGCUUUGAGACAGCUAACAUGAUCUUACUCUUCUUGAAUUAACAUUUCGUAAGAUUAUGCACAUACAAGACACAGCGUUUAAAUUCUAGAUAUUUAAUUCGAGUGUGUUCAUUCACGUGAGACGCGAUGUGAACUUACUAUUUUUAUUACAACCUUAUUCAUAGUACUUUUUUCAUUGUCACACAUUUGCGUUCGCAUGUGUUUUUACUUGAUAAAAAUAAAGUCGAAGGAUUUGUAGAGAUAUAAUUAGCGAAGCGAAAUGAAAUUUCUGGCAAGAGAUAAUAGUAGAUUUCCACCUAUUCGCAGUGUAGGGGAAAGAAAUUUAUAUGCAGUAUAGAAAAGGAAACAAACGCGCGAAAUACUAAAGCACCUCUAUUUUAAUCGAAGAAGUUGAUGAACGGAUAAAAGUAGUUUUUCG